CGAGGCCCACUGUCCUGACAUUUCAACAAACAAAUUCUCCGUCCCUCUCUUUCCCCCAUCUUCCCCCACACUCCCGACUAGCUCGCAUGCUGGGGCGCUAGCGCCAACCCUCGAGAUUCCUCCAAAGUGAACUCUUUUCAACUCCUAAAGCCCUCUCUCCCUUUGUCGUUCGGUCGAUGCUCUCUGAUAACUCCAACGAUUUCCAUCUUUCCUGUCAUGGCGAACCCACCUCAGCCCCCGCCAGACGGAAUCGCAGACGAUUUCUUUGAGCAGAUAUUCUCUAUGCCCGGAUACACGUCCGGCGAUGCAAGCCUGGCCGGCGGCGACGGAAGUUCGGUUCCUGGGAUGGUUCAACAGUUCAACUCUGGGGACGUUUCUUCACCUCGUAAUUUCUCGGUGUUUCCUCUUGGACUCAGCUUGGAGCAGGGGAGGACUGGCUUCGCCGUGGCAGAAGAGGGCUCUUGCAGUGGCGUCGUAGGGAAGCGGCUUCGCGAGGGUUUGGAGGCGAAGACGUCGUCGGAUGCGGAAAGGGAUCCUAUUCAGUUACCCAGCUUGUUUCCCCCGUUUGGACAAGUACAGUCCCAUCAAAUCCGGCAUAACUCUCCUCAGAUUCUCCAUGGUCAAGCAUUGCAAGCACAAGUUGCUUCAGCAUCACAAGUACCAGCUCCCCGUCCAAGAGUGAGGGCAAGACGUGGGCAAGCUACUGAUCCACAUAGCAUAGCAGAGAGGCUACGUCGAGAAAGAAUAGCGGAAAGGAUGAGGGCCUUGCAGGAACUAGUUCCCAAUACUAAUAAGACAGAUAGAGCAGCCAUGCUUGAUGAAAUUGUAGAUUAUGUUAAGUUUCUGAGGCUUCAAGUCAAGGUUCUUAGCAUGAGCAGACUUGGUGGUGCAGGUGCUGUAGCACAGCUGGUUGCUGAUAUUCCAUUAUCACAAACUGAGGGAGAUAGCAGCAGCGACGGAAGGAGCAAGCAACAGAUAUGGGAAAAAUGGUCGACCGAUGGCACGGAACGGCAAGUAGCGAAGCUCAUGGAAGAAGAUGUGGGUGCAGCAAUGCAAUUCCUCCAGUCCAAAGCUCUUUGCAUGAUGCCCAUAUCCCUCGCCGCCGCCAUCUACCACACCCAGCACCAGCCGGAAAAUCCUUCCGUGAAGAACGAACCCAACACGCCACCGUCGUAAAAGACGAAAGCGAAACUACCUAACCACUUCUCUCGGCUUAUUCGAGGAUCUUCCUUUCUAACAGGCCUGUGGAAAAACCUUCCU